AUGGCCAGAGACGACAGUCUUCUGAGCCUCAUGCCUUUGUCUGCAAGGCACCAGCAAUGGGUCGGAGCCACUCUGGGAUUGGUCCUCCCCUUUUUCCCCCUCCGUUCUCUAAUUUUCUAUUACUUCCUGUCAUGUGCAGCAGCAGCAGGUAGUUUACCCGGCAUAGAAUAUGACUAUGGCAUCAGCCCCAAAUUCGUUUGCACUCCUAUCCCCCCAGAAGCAGAUCCCAGCUGCUACUCCCCACCCAGCGUGCCACACGGACCGAGCAGCGCUGGCCACAGCAACGGCCCCAACGGCAGCAGUCGGCGAGUCAUGAUGUCCGACGAGGCCAAAGCCACCAUCUUGCACCUGCGUGAGAGCCUCGUAAGGCAGAAGGAAACCAUCCUGGACCAGCGGGAGACUAUCCGAGAGCUGACCGCCAAGCUCACCUUGUGCGAGGGCUUUGGGGGUCACCACAGCACUGGUCAUCACGACAACCAUCACGACAAUCACCAUCACGGUACCCAUCAUGCGCCUUCAACGCCGCACCAUGGGCCUUCAGGAUAUCACAGCAGCGAUCAUCAUUACUCCCACGGCAGCCACAGGUCAGACCCCCACCACAGGAAGGGCUCGUCAUACAGCAAACACAGCUCCUUCUCACCAGAACAGACUGGAAAAACCCUGCAGACAUUGAAGGAGAGGCUGGAGAACUUGCAGGCCAGGAAUUCUUCCAGCUCCUACUCCAGCUCCUUAAGAGAACUCCUCCAGCGGAAGAUCAACGCUCUGGAGGAGCAGCUGCACAGCUACUACAGAGAUCACCAUGACUAUGGUCACCACAACGACCACCACGGCGAUCACCAUGACGACCACCAUGACGAUCACCAUGGCAGCAGCCACCAUGACGACCAUCAUGACGACCACCACGACACCCACCAUGGAAACGGCCACCAUGAUGACAACCACCACGAUGACCACCACCACAGCGACCAUCACGAUGACCACAAUGAUCACCACAAUGAUCAUCACAACGAUCACCACAAUGAUCAUCACAACGAUCACCACAAUUAUCACCAUGAAAGCGAUCACCAUGACGAUCACCACGACGAUCACCACGAUGAUUACCACCAUUAUCAACACGGACCUGGACACCAUGAUGACCACCAUGAUGAUCACCAUGAUGAUCACCAUGAAAACCACCAUGAAGACCACCACGGUGUCGAUCGUCAUGACCACCAUUAUGAUGAUCAUCACGCACGGCGGCUGCCUUUCAGCAGCAAAGAGACGAGGCUGCAGGGUGCCGGGCACAGCAAGCUGGAAACAGUGCUCAGCCAACUGCACCACGGCAACGGUGACCAUGGAAACCACAAGAAGCUAAAGAAUCCCAACGCUUUCCUGCUGGACUUCCCCAUGAAGACCAACUACAUGUACGCCAGGAUGAAGCGCUCUGUGGUCAACGAGAUCUUCGCCAUGACCAUCUGUGUGUGGUUGAAGGCAGGUGCAGGUCCGGGCCUCGGCACUCCCUUCUCCUACGCUGUGCCCGGGCAAGCUAACGAGCUGGUGCUAAUGGAGUGGGGCAGCAAUCCCAUGGAGCUGCUCAUCAAUGACAAGGCAGUGACGCUGCCCAUAACCAUGACUGAUGGGAAGUGGCAUCACGUGUGCGUGACGUGGUCGACACGCGACGGUGUCUGGGAGGCCUACCAGGAUGGAGUGAAGAAAGGCUCUGGGCAGAACCUGUCAGCUUGGCACCCCAUCAAACCAGGAGGGAUCUUUAUCCUGGGUCAGGAGCAGGACACAAUGGGAGGCCGCUUCGACGUCACUCAGUCCUUCAUGGGGGAGCUGUCGGAUCUCCAGUUCUGGUCCAGAGUCCUGACAUCCAGCGAGAUCCACAGUCAGGCGACCUGCGGAGGCCACCUCAUCGGUGACGUCAUGUCGUGGUCAGAGGAAAUGGUAGAGCUCCACGGAGGCCUCACUGAGCUCGAUUUUGACCCCUGCCACUAA